UUUCUCUUCUUUCCGAAGAAGCAUCGCUGUCCCCGGCUGGGGAGCCUGACCCUCGCCGAGCCUAGGACCAAGAGGGAGCCAUCUGGCGGUCUCCGCGGUCGCCGGCCGAUUAGCCCGCGCUUGUUCGCUCUCUUUCCAUUCGAUCGUGGUUGCGAUUGACUUUAAAUCUGACACAGGGACCGGGUGGAUGAGAUCUGGCCUCUCGACCCAAGGCUAGUAGGAAACCGAAACCGCUGGGCUCAGCUAACGGCGACGGAGAGCGCACGCUCGCUCCAGGCGCGCCCAGUCCGACACCGCCCGCGCCCGCCCCCGGGACUCCAGUAAGUUUCGAUUCUCUCUGGAUUCGAGUCCCGAGCGGCGGCCAGGCCAGCGCAGCGCGCCAUGGCAGACCCGGGGGUGUGCUCCUUCAUCACCAAAGUCCUGUGCGCUCACGGGGGCCGCAUGGCCCUGGACGCGCUGCUCCAGGAGAUCCAGCUCUCCGAGGCGCAGCUCUGCGAGGUGCUGGAGGCGGCCGGGCCCGAUCGCUUCGUGGUGUUGGAGACCGGCAGCAAGGAAGGGGUCACCCGAUACGUGCUGGCCACCACUCGAGCCCGGGUCUGCCGUCGCAAGUACUGCGACAGACCGUGCGAAAACCUGCACCUCUGCAAGCUCAACCUGCUGGGCCGCUGCCACUACUCGCAGUCGGAGCGGAAUUUAUGCAAAUACUCUCACGACGUUCUCUCAGAGGAGAACUUCAAGGUCCUGAAAAAUCAUGAACUCUCUGGACUGAACAAAGAGGAAUUAAGAGUGCUCCUCGUUCAAAAUGACCCUUUCUUUUUGCCCGAGAUAUGCAAACAUUAUAAGGGCGAGGGUGGAAGACAGAUUUGUAAGCAGCAGCCACCAUGUGAAAGGCUCCACGUCUGCGAACACUUUACCCGAGGGGAUUGUGGUUACGCCAACUGCUUCAGGUCCCACAACCUGAUGGACAGAAAGGUGCUGGUGAUCAUGAAGGAACACGGCCUGAGCUCAAGCGUGGUCCAGAACAUCCAGGACAUCUGCAACAGCAGGCACAGCCGAAAGAAGUCCUCUGGCUGGAAAGCUCCUUCCUCACAUCGCAGAGAUGUGCCAUAUACAGGCAGAAGCAAGAGCAGAAACCGAUUACUCCAGGGCACUCUUGAAUUUCUUCCGUCAGCCUCAGCUUCUGCUCAGAGGUCCUGCACACCCAGUCCGGAGCCGGUCGGCCGGAAGCCCAGCCUGGACGAUGUGCUGAUGGAGGCUGUCACCCACAAGUUCGUGCAUUUGGGAAGUCAGGAUUGCUCUCAGCCUGCCCCAGUCUCCUCUAUGGCUGUCAGUUUUGGAGGAACAGGUCAGGUGGGGGGAAGCCAGAGGUUUUCAGAGAACGGAGGCCCAGAGAGUCUCUUUCAUGGGAAUCAUGACAGAAAGGGCAUCACUUUGGAUUCAGCACCAGCUUCCAAAUGGAAAGGCCCCACAUCCUGGCAGAAGGACCAAGACACCAGCAGAGAGAGCUUGUUUCCUCUGCGUCAAGCUGUCUCCACCUCUGCUGGUUCUCCGCAAACACCCGAAACCUUAACCACCAGGAAGAGCCCGGCCGUCCUUUCCUUGGACUGCGGGAACACGGAGAACAAAAGUGAAAUUCCAGCUGUCCUGCGCUUGCCGAUUUUUAACAAUGUUGAUGGGAUGGCCCCAGAUGGGACUUCCGCGAAACCUUCAAAUUACAAAACCACAACCAGUAGACAGCGAGAAAAAUCGUUACCUAGGAAUCAGGACACCGGAACUACUCACCAUAAUGUCCAGACCCCUGGCAAAAUUACAGCUGACGAUGUAGGAGCCGCCUUUGUUAACGAUUCCGUAUCUGACGUUGCGAGUACCGCAUCUUCCAGGAUGGAUGAACGUGGUUCAAAUGAAAUUUGUCUCUAUCAUCUAUACAAGGGUUGUCAACUUAACGGCUGCCACAAAGUUCACUUCCACCUGCCCUACCGGUGGCAGAUGUUCAUUGGAAACACCUGGAUGGACCUCUUGCUCAUGGAGAAUAUUGAGAAGGCCUUUUGUGACCCCAAAAUCUGCGUCAUUACUAUUGGCAAUUAUAAAAUCAAUUUCCGGAAAAUGACUUGUGACAAUAAUCCUAUCCAACGUAUCUCCACGCCUUCAUCCAUCACAAUGCCGGCCAAUUCUGUCUUCACCACCAAGUGGCUUUGGUAUUGGAGGAAUAGAUCUGACGAAUGGGUUCAAUAUGGGGAGAAGAAAGACAAUCAGCAUGUUUCAAACAUCGACUCUGUGUACCUGGAGUCUUUCUAUCUAUCCUGUCCAAGGGGAAUUGUGCCAUUUCAGGCGGGUUCACAAAACUACGAGCUAAGUUUCCAAGGGAUGAUUCAGACAAACGUAGCUUCCAAAUCCCAAAAGGAUGUCGUCAGAAGGCCGACAUUUGUGUCUUACUCGGAUGUGGAGCAGAUUAAACGUGGACGAGACCAUCAGCAGAUGCAGACCCAGUCAGAGCCUUUAACCUCGACAUUUGUUCCUCAGCAGAACAGGAGUUUCUCAAAUGACUAUAAGUUGCUUGAGAUCGAUAACCACUCUCUGGAAUACAACGAAAUAAGUGAGCGUUUUAAAGCUUCCAUGAAAAACUUCAAGAUCAAAAGGAUAAGGAAGGUUCAGAACACAAAACUCUUGAAUGCUUUUGAAAGGAGGAGGAAGGAGAUGCAGAGAUAUGAAAAGCUCCUGUUUUGUGCAACGGCACAGGCCCACAUGGAGUCCAUCUGUGCAAAUAACUUUGACUGGACUGUACAUGGAGUUCACGACGCCAAAUAUGGAAAAGGAAAUUACUUCACAAUGGAGGCCAUCAAUUCCCAUAAAAAUUGCCCAUAUGGUCUCAAGAACAUCGUUAUGUUUGUAGCCCGAGUCCUGGUUGGAGAAUUUACUGAAGGGCGUAUGAGUUACACGAGCCCUCCUCCGCACUAUGACAGCUGUGUGGACACAAGGUUGAACCCCUCAGUCUUUGUCAUCUUUCAGAAAGAUCAGAUUUACCCAGCAUAUGUGAUUGAAUAUAGUGAAACCGACAAACCCUGUGUGAUUAGUUAGAAAUGAUGAAUACAGCGUCAUAACGAUGCCAUAACCAUUCUGUUCCCUUACAGAACCCAUAUUGUCCCAGAUGAUAAACUUUUACAUUUCCUCGCCUAAAUGCCAUGGAUCAGUGAUUCCCAAACUUUGCUGCACAUUUGAAUCAUCUGGGAAGCUCUAAAAAUUUCCAGUGUCCAAAUUACGCCGCAGUCCAACGAAAUCACUUUUUCUGGGGAUGAGAGCCAGGAAGACUAUUGAAAUGUGUCAUAAAGUCUGGGAAUCAUUGCCUUAGAUGUAACUGGUAAAGACUCAUUUCUAAAACUUCUGUAAUCGCAGCAACCUUUCUCUCCCAACUCCUCUUUUAGUUUACUGCAUGAUACGAUCUUGUUUUGGUUAAAUUCAAAGAAAAUGAAUUUGGGGAAUUUGAGAAAAAUCUAAAAAUGUCUAUUGAAAUAAGGACAUAAGACAACACAGCCUUGGAUGGAAGAUUGUGAAAAGUUGGGGGAAAAUACUUAGGAAUAUGCUGGAGGGAAGAAUGUAAGGAUAAUUUAAAUGCUAGUGCAGACGUCACCACAUUACUGUACCUUAUCUUUGCGGUGAACUGACUUGGGGCGUGCAUUUCUUUAUCUCUAUGUUUAUUUAGGACACUCCAUCCAGGUUGACUCUUUCUGGAAGCUGCUAAGUGUGGCCCAGAGAGAAGCAACCAACUGGAGUUAAUUGCCUACUUGAUCUCUUUACAGAAUUAUGGCAAAGGAGGCAUUUAUAUCCUAAUUAAUAUGAUCACAGAGGUUUUUUCAGGUCAGACUUUCAUGAAGUGUCAGUGUCAUGGGGGCACUGAGUUUGCAGUAACCAGAUUCACACAGCAUGAGUGAUGGAUUCAGUGCCAUUGGAAUCGUUCGCUGUGGCAGUCGAAGCUCACCAAGAAAUUGGGAGCAGGACCAUCCUGCUGAAGGAUGGCCCCCUAAGGAGGCGAGAUUUGUUUCCUGGUGAGCACAGAAUCAGAACGAAGAGAUCAAUGCCCCAAACAAGCCUCGCACCUACCAGGGGCUUCUUUUUCUAAAUAUAACGGAUUGUGUGGAAUUGUAGCACAAUCAGCUUUUAGAGCAGUUGCGGUGCCUGGACCAAGAGUUCCUCCUUAUAAAUCAGAUUUUUCCUUCCAGUUUUCCUCUUCAACAUUCCAUACCAGUCGCCAAAAUUUCCUGUUCUAGUUCCUUGCAGCAGACAUGUUAAAAAAAUUACAUGAGAGCUGAUUUUAUAUUAGAUUUUAAAUCAGUACAAAGAUCUCCACAACUCCUUGGCUUUAAAGGUUUCCACCACUGAUAAAUGUGUACAUAUUUUUUAGGGUAGGGUUAUUUUCUGAGAGACUUGCCACAAAUAUUCAUUUUUUCUUUUCAUGGUAGCUUCCAUUUUGGAGCUUUCACUUCCUGAUCUUGACCCUCACAUUGUGGAGAUGCAGUUUAUCCAACUCUAACCAGCUGCUGAUUGGACACCUCUAAUUGGCUCUUUCACAGACAUCUCUAAUUCAGGGUGUCCAAAAUGGAGCACUCCAUUUGCUUCCCUCAAACAAAUCAGUUUUUCUCCCAGGAUUCUGUAUAUAAGUAAGACGUGUCACUAUCCACCCAUCUGCUCAAGCAGAAAUCCCGGAAGUCGUCCUUGACUCCUCUAUCUCCAUCCCCCUGCACAUCCAAGCAGUUCCCAUGUCAAGUUUUCCUUCUUAAGUAUCUCUGUUCCCUUCUAAGUUGUUCUUCACUUAGCAGCAAGAAUUUAAAAAUUUUUACUUAAUAAUAGCCUUCCAAAACAAAUCUGAUCCUUUAGAAUAAAGUUCAAACUCAUCAUCAUGGCCCCACGUGUUCUGUCGCUUCCCUACCCUUUCAUGUAUUUUCUUUCUUUUUUUUUCUCCCCCUCUCAUUUAUUUUCUUUCACUAUAACUCUGGCUUUCUUACAGUUCUUCAGUGCCUUUUUAACCCAGCUUGGUGGUUCUCAACUGGCAGUCCUGCCUUUUUUUUUUUUUUUAACAACAAAUACUUUGUAAUAUCCUCUAGUUACUCUCAAAAUGCAGUUCAGUGGCAAUAUUCUUUACCUACACACAAUUAUAGAAGUAAAUUAAAAAGUGAAUUAAAAUUAAUGUCAUCAUAAAAGGGAAUGAAAGUUUCAUAACUUGGGUGCAACUAUACCAGAAGAACUUACUAAGUAGUCAGAUGUUUACACCUACUUACAAUGAAUAAAUCUGAACUUAAAAGAAGGUAGGAGAUCAGAAGCUAUUUUGUAUAAAGAACUAUGGGAAAAUGUAAAAGCAGGGAUGCGAGUGGACAUUAGAAUACAAACUAGUGACACAGUAACUUACUUACAUAGGAUAAUACUUAUUUCUAUAAGAGAGAACGAAACUACCUUAACUACACAAAGAUACUAUGCAAGAAAAUCUACAGCUUGUCGAACUGGAGAAAAUGAGGAAAUGUUAUAUUCUUGCAGACGAACUGUAGGUCAUACACGAAUGUCUAGUGAGACAUUCAAAAUUCGUAUAGGGUGCAGAGUAAUUCCUUAUUGUGAGAAAUUGUCCAAUGUAUUGCAAGAUGUUCUGCAUACUUGGCUUCUACAUACUAAAUGCCAGUAGCGCCCUCCCCUGUCUCCCCCCAGUAUGAUAACCACCACCCUGUCAGAUCUAUUCACCUAUUUCAGAGCAGAUGUUUUUGUAACAUUCCCUUUGCCGUCCUGAGAUGAUUCAUAGAUACUACAAUCUACAUGAAUUUCUUCAAAGAUUAGUUUAAUGCCCUAACCCUAACUAAUGGAGAAACAGAAGGAAAGAAAUUUGUAACAUAGAUAAAAUAAAUAUCAAUAUGUAAAUGCUCAGGCAUGACUACGCUAUAUGACAUCAUGAAAUGGAAUGUAAAUACACCAACUCAUCGUGAAUAGGUUUAGAUUUAAAGGUCGAUCAGAGGCUACUCCUGUAACGAAGUACAGGAAACUGAAAGAUUCGAAGUCUAGGUGACACCAGAAUGAAAGCUAGUAUUAGGGUGAGUCCAUAUGUAAGGUAGGACCAUAUACCUUAUCUGUAUGUGGUAAGGGAAAGAGCGAAGUUACCUUAAUUGAAAUAAGAGUAUUAGGACGAGCACGUUACAGAUUGUCUAAGAGAAAACAAUGAAUUAUAAUUCUCUCAGGCAAGCUGUAGGUCCUACAUAAAUGUCCAGUAGGACAUAAGAAAAUCGUAUAAGGUACAGAAUAAUUCUUCGUUGUGUGGGACUAACCCAUACACUGCAGGAUGUCUGUUAUCCCUGGCUGCAUCCACUCAUUGUCAGUCAAAGUCCGCAAUUACUAUGAAACCAACAACUCGUCAACUUUCAAAAUACCACAGUGAGAAUCACUGACUUGGUUAAUAUUUAGCAUCUUUAGAUUAUCUCACUUGCUACCCCCGUAAAGAAUCCUUCUAUAGAUUAGAUCUGAUGCUUGCCUCCCAAGUCGUCAGUUUUUAAAAGACUUUGCAUCUUGCUUUGUUCAUUUUUAGCCUCUAUCCAACUUGGAGUUGUCCAUUUUCCACAUUAGAAUGUGAGCUCCGUGAGAGCCUAGUCAACCUGUCUUGUUCACUGUGCCACCCCUGAUGCCUACUGAGUGCUUGAUAUGCUGAUACAUCGGAUAGAUUUUGUUGGAUAAAGUAACCUCAACGUUUGUAAUGCAGUAGUUGAUUUGUAUUUCUUCUUGUUCGUCAAGCUCAAUUUGAGAUUACCUAAUGAAAUAAAUAUUAAUUUUGCUCUGCUGCCUUUA